AUGACAGCCGACGAAGAAUCGCCUUUUUUGCAAUCAACUACGAUUCCAGGAAGUCCUGAGUCCGACCUUGAACUAAGACGAAAGUCUGAACGCGCCAAUAAAUUCGUCAUCUAUGGUUCUUUUAUUGGCGUGUUCCUUGCGUCCGCCGAUGAGUCACUUGUCAUCUCAACAUGGAGCUCCAUUGCUUCGCAAUUCAACCGUCUAUCGGAAGGGUCGUGGCUCCUGGUUGCGUAUAAUUUUGGCUAUUGCGUCUCAUUACCGGUGUAUGGUACACUCAGUGACACGUACGGACGGAAGAAUGUCCUCCUCUGGGCGUAUUUUCUGUUUGCUGGCGCCAGUGGCUCCUUGAUCCAGCUCAUUCUGGCCAGAGUACUGGCUGGUAUUAGUGGAGGUGGCAUGGUUGCCCUAGUUUCCAUUAUCAUAACCGAUCUGAUGCCCCCCAACGAGGUGGCACUGUUCCGAGGAUAUGCCAGCGUGGUUAAUAUUGCUGGUCGCAGCCUGGGCGCCCCGGUUGGGGGCUUUCUGAUCACGACACUGGGAUGGAGAUUGUCCUUUCUAGGCCAACUCCCUCUCAUGAUUGUUUGUAUGAUGGUGGCAUACCACGGUCUUCCCUCGUCGUUGAACCAAAGUAACACAAACCACUACCGGGAUAUUCCUCCAUUCCCAGCAUCUCACAUCGAUUAUGGCGGCAUUAUCAGCAUUGCCACGGCGAUUGUCAUGCUACUUCUUUUGAUCCAAACCUCGAACACGACAGAUGAUCAGCCAAUGCUGCCCUUAUUAGCGUCUGCGUUUGCAGUCGCCGUCGCAGUCUUCCUCUUGACGGAAGCAUACUGGGCCAGAAAUCCUUUGAUACCAUUGACCUUAGUGAAAGGUUCUUUGGGAGGGUACUUCGUGGGACAAUUGAUGUUACUAACAGGCCGCUCGGCGCUUAGCAGUAACAUGGUGCCAUACUUUAUCCGAGUCGAAAAAGCGACUGAUAUCCUCGCAUCCUUCACCUACGUCGUCACCGCAGUGGGUGUCUCAGUCGGCGGCUUGAUCGCAGGCGCCAUCAUCAAACGGGCCAAGCGAUAUAAGACAAUGAGUGUAAUAGCAGUGGGAUCAGCUGCCUUGCUAUCUAUUCUAAUUUACAUCCGCUACCGCGAUGGCUGCUACACCUGGGAACUAGUCUAUCUCUUCCCGUCGGGCGUUUCAAAUGGCAUACUCUUCUCCACGCAAUUCAUCGGGAUGUCGUUGACUGCGCCUAAGGAGCGGCUGGCGACUUCGAUCGGGAUCUAUUACCUCCCUCAACAGUUGGGGUUCAUUAUCGGUCCGGCGGCUUCGGUCGCUGUUGUUCAACGGCGCUUUGCCAAUAGCCUUACAGAACGUCUGGAGGGGUUUAAAGAGAGACACCUUAUUGGUCAGAUACUCAAUGAUCUGAGAUUCUUCGAGAGCUUACCGGAUGGAGUCCAAAGUGUCGUCCGGUCGAGCUAUCUGUAUGGGUUUCAGUUUGUACCAUUACUUGGCACGGUGUCUAUUUUGUUCAUGUUGCCAAUCGUGCUACUACUGAAGGAAAGAAGAAUCGAAUGA